AAGAGAAAGUGAGACUUCAUGACAGGUAGGGCAACGUGGGUGAAUGCAGUUGCAAAGAAGACAAGAAAACAGAAGAACGUUAGACAAGAAAGAAGUGAAUUAGAGAUUUUACAUGCAAAACUAGCUUAAAACGAUUUCCCAGAGUGCUACGCUCUUCUAAACAGACAUGAAUAAUCGCUCCAUCGCCUGGUGGCUGAGACAGAUCGGCUUGCCACAGUACACUAAGACACUAGAAAAUGAAUAUUAUGGUCUAGAGGGUUUGCUGAAUGUAACGGAUGCAGAGCUGAGGGAUGCUGGGAUAGAAGAUACAGCCGAUCGAGAAACCAUCCUCACCCAGCUUUUGAGACAUCGACAGAGACUGGACUUGCACUCCGACCAGCAGAUUGUGAAGCGCAGAGUCAGCCGAAACUACUCCCUGGGAUCAUAUGCAGAUUUGGAAAAGCCGAAGGACUUGUUUCGUCAGAGUGUUCUUCCCCGCCUCCAGCGCGCUGACAAGAAACACCGCCUGUCUGCUUCCUGCUCACAGCUCCUCCCCCUGAACGAGGACAACAAUCUCAGCCAAGAGAACAGACACAGUAAGAGGAGGAGUAUUAGCACGUACUUCAGCCACCUCAAGAUGUUCGGUGGCCGUAAAGAGAUGGACCUACUGAAGAAGGAGCUUGAAGAGGAGCUGAAGCUCAGCACAAAUGAUCCAAGGAGCCAUGCGUGGUACCACGGGCUGCUGAGCCGCGAGGCUGCAGAGUCUCUGUUCGAGAGGGACGGAGACUUCCUGGUCCGAGACUCGAGCUCUGCUCCCGGUGACUAUGUUCUGAGCUGCUUUUGGAAGAACUCUCCGAUGCACUUUAAGGUCAUUAAAGUGGUCCUUCGGCCUAAGAAGGGCUACUCUCGGGAACUGUUCCAGUUUGAAGAAGAUCGCUUUGACAGCGUUCCUGCUCUGAUCCAAUUCUACGUGGGCGGGCGUCGGCCCAUCUCCAAGGCCUCGGGCGCCAUCAUCUUUAACCCAAUCACCCGGACCCUUCCUCUGCGUGCCAUCGCCGAGCGACCUGCAGAGGUGAAGAACAGCAGAGGUGGAGCAGAGAAAAAAUCUAUCCGGCACAGUAUAAGACGCAGCCUCAGCUCCUCGCAGAAAGACACCCUGCAGGUCAUCAAUCCUCUGCUAAGGAGUGGAAGUCAGCCUGCUAACUUGGAGAACGUUGGAAGGAGGCCUUCACUUCAGUCUGCGCAGUCUGACAGCAACCUACAAACUGGCGUUCCACAAAACACUCCGUCUGAGAGCACGAGUCCUGACCCCAUCUCUCCCGUGUUUCGCACCGGCAGUGAACCCCUACUGACCCCACAACCACGGCACGCAAGACCCCUCCAUCCAGGUGGUGGUGUAACGCUGCGAGGGUCAGAUGGCCAGCUGCACCCCAGAGCUCCUCCUAAACCGCUCAGGGUCUCUACUGUUUUCCCCAAUGCCAUUCCGCCCCCUCCCUCAGACCCAGAUGAAGAUCCCUCAUCUUUCUACGGUGAACUGGUCAUACAGGUACCACAGUCGCAGCGGAAAGGCCACGUGGACCGCCUGCGUGCAGAAGAGAAGUGGCAGAGCCGUGCACGCAUCACAGAAACUUCCUUUGGGUUUUUGGAGGCCCAGAAGGUUGAAACACCGGCAGCAGGGGAAGUGGAGGACUGGCAUUUUAAACGGCCCCAUAUAGAGACAACGUCCUGUUUCCAGUUGGACCAGUUUAAGUCGCUGCUCUUGCCGGAGAACAAUCGACCUUUGGAGUCCAGCGUUCUGCUCGCAGUCAAAGAGCUUUUCAGCCGUUCAGAUCCCUACACGUUGGCUCUGCACAUGCUCAGUGUGGACUGCCAGGUUGCACGAGUUGUCGGGGUGACUGAUGAGCAGAAGAGGAUUAUGGGAGUAAAUUCAGGACUGGAACUUGUCACUCUGCCACAUGGACAUCAGUUACGACAGGAUUUGCUAGAGAGGCAUCACCUAAUAUCCCUGGGCGUGGCAGUAGACAUCCUGGGCUGCACAGGGACGGUGAACCAGAGAGCGACUCUUCUACACAAAAUAAUCCUGCUGGCUCAGGCUCUUAAAGAACACACCCACAACUUUUACUCCUUCUCGGCUGUUAUGAAGGCUCUGGAGAUGCCUCAGAUAGUGCGCCUGGAGAUGACGUGGCGUGCUCUGAGGAGGAACCAUACAGAGAGCGCAGUUUUAUUUGAGAAGAAACUCAAACCCUUCAUGAACUCAUUGAAUGAGGGAGAUGAUUCUGUCAUCCAGGGUCCCAUUGCUGUGCCACACCUGGUUCCUUUGUUAAUGGUGAUGGAGGGUGAGGACCCUGUUGAGAACAGCGACCACGGCUGCCAGGUGCUCUACGAUGUCCUCCAAUCAGCUCGCAGCGCUGCCUUACACGCCCAAGAUUACCAGCAGCAUGCACACGCUCUGCUCACAGAAAGCUGGGAGUCGAUCCCUGAGCUGCUGGAGGCUGUCCGGACCGAGUUCGCCCUGCGGAUGUUCUGGGGUCUGCACGGGGCGAUUGCAGACAAAAAGGAGCGAUACGAGAAGUUUGACAAGAUCCUCUGCGUCCUGUCAAAUAAACUGGAACCUGUGGCGAGCAGCCCACUAAAAGCAGACCCUCUAAUCUGAGUCAGCAGGUGGAAAGACUGAAAGGAACUCUGCAGAGCGUCAGUGCGUUUAAUAAAACAUGAGGCCUCGGUUACAAAAUGCGUCAGGAUGAUCAGAUUUUCCUGUUUGUGUGAGAUUGCAUGUUAUGUCUACUUAACAUGUGAGAAAUAUUUAAUCUGAAACAUGUCUGCAGACCUUUUACUGUGAAAAGACAAUUUUUUUUUACUUUUACAGGAAGUCUGAAACUGGUUACCCAGCAACUAUAUCUGUUUACAAAAUAUGGAUUUCUAAUUAUCA